CGAGAUUGUUUUCUGCACCGUUUAUUACACUUCCUGUAUUAUUCUUCAAACUGAUCAGCAAAUAAAUCUCGAAUGAGUCAAGUAUUUGGAGUUGCCAAUUUAGCUGUUACAACCGCUUCUGCAGCCUCACCAGAGGUUGCUAGAAUGCGUGCUUUAGCCCUUUACAGAAAAUGGCAAAAAUCUGUUCCUGAUAUUAUGAAAUUACAUGAACUCAAUAUCCCAACUUCGUCCAUUCGUGCCAAGAUUCGUGAAGAGUUUGAAAAGAAUCGCGAUGUAGAAAAGCUCGAAGUACGCGAUAUUUUGUACGCUAAAGGAGAAAUGGAAUAUCAAGAAGUGAUGAAUGUGUGGAAACAAACAAAUCAUAUCAUGAACUAUUUUAGAAAAGAGGAAACACCAGCUAAACCAACGACAUUCUUGGACAAGUUUUAUGAAGGACGAUUCUAGGGAACUGCAAAAAGUGCGCCUAUGACAUGUUAAAAAGGCUCUAUGUCAGUGUGAAAGUAUACGAGGAAAUGUAACUAUACAUUGUAACUUUAAGCAGUCAAUUAGACAGUCUUAUAUUUAAGGCACAUUUCAUCCAGACCUCUUUAAAAAAUCAAUAACCACGAUAAAAAGAACAACCAACAACACUAUUUUAUUGAAAUAUACCACCUUUCACAAACUGGGAU